CGCUACUAUUUCAGUUUCUAAUCGGAUUUCGUCACGAAUAUGAAUAACAGGCGUAGUUCAUCGUUUAAAGAAAUAAGUAUAGUUCAAGAUGCAAAAAAUCUGAGGGAUUCAUUUAACAGAAACUUACAUUUUUACGUCGUCAAAGAUCGUAAUAUUGCUACAAUGCGUGAUUUUUAUGUUGCUCUGGCUAGGACUGUCUGGGAACAAUUAUGUUCUCGUUGGAUAAAAACACAGGAGGUUUAUGCCACAGAAGAUCCAAAGAUGGUCUACUUUUUAUCCAUGGAAUUUUUUAUGGGUCGUACACUGAAGAAUACAAUGCUUAACGUAGACACAGCAGAAGCUCUGGAUGAAGCAAUGUAUCAACUUGGUUUGGAUAUUGAAGAAUUAGAAGAAAUGGAAUGCGAUGCAGGACUUGGCAAUGGUGGUUUGGGUCGACUGGCUGCAUGUUUUCUUGACUCAAUGGCUACAAUUGGUUUAGCAGCUUAUGGUUACGGAAUACGUUAUGAAAAUGGCGCUUUUCAUCAGAUGAUAAAGGAUGGAUGGCAGGUUGAAGAACCUGAUGAAUGGUUACUUUAUGGUAAUCCUUGGGAGAAAGAACGCCCUGAAUUCACUCGCAUAGUUCAGUUUUACGGUAGAGUUAUACGCAAUCAUUUAGAUCAAUGUAAAUGGGUUGACACAGAAACAAUAUGUGCCCUACCUUAUGAAGUUCCUAUACCUGGAUAUCGUAAUCAGACAUGUAAUACGCUUACAUUAUGGUCCGCUAAGGGCAGGAAAUAUUUUGAUACGAAAAUUGUUCAUAACAAUGAUUAUAUAAAUGCUAUACUUGGCCGUAAUGAAGCUGAAAAUAUUUCUCGUGUUCUUUAUCCAAUUGAAAGUGCAUUCGAAGGUAAAGAAUUGCAAUUAAAACAGGAAUACUUUCUUGUAUCCGCUACAUUGCAAGAUAUACUGUAUCAGUUUAAAUCAUCUUAUCCAACUUAUGAACUAUUUGAAUUACCAAAUAAAGUUGUAAUUCAUAUCAAUGAUACACAUCCAGCAUUAGCUAUUCCUGAACUAUUGAGGAUUCUAGUUGAUAUAGAGUGUAUGGAUUGGAUUGAUGCAUGGGAUAUAUGUUCACGUGUAUUUACUCAUACAAAUCAUGUAUCACAAGUAGAAUGUUUAAAGUAUUGGCCAUUAGAUAUGCUUCAACGUGUUCUACCUAGACAUGUGGAAAUUAUACGCAAUAUCGAUUAUCAUUUUAAAAGUGUCAUAAACAGAAGGUGGCCAAGUGACGAAAAUCGAUUCCAACGUAUGUCGAUAUUUCAAGAGAUCAAUGAACCUGUUGUUAGUAUGGACCAUUUAUGCAUAAUUGGAUCACAUUUUGUCAAUGGUGUUUCAAUUUUUCAAACGAACCAUUUAGUAAAUACCUUAUUUAAGGAUUUUGCCGAUUUAUGGCCAUCGAAAUUUACCAAUAAAACAAAUGGUAUUAGUCCGAGACGUUGGUUAUUGGUAUGUAAUCCAGGCCUAACCGAUCUUAUUCGAACCACCAUACAAUCUGACGAUUGGGUAAAAAAUCUUAUAAUGUUGAAUCGAUUGAAAGAAAAAUUAAAUGAUGCAAAUUUUCGAAAUCGCCUAAUAUUAAUUAAACAAGACAAUAAAAAUCGAUUUGUUGCUUAUAUGCAACAGCAUAGAAAUAUUCAACUAAAUCCAAGUUCCAUUUUUGAUGUUCAUGUCAAACGUGUUCUAGAAUACAAGCGUCCACUCCUGCCAUGUUUAUAUGCUAUAACUAUGUAUAACCGUUUAAGAGCAAAUCCUGAACUGAAAAUGUGUCCUAGAACAAUUAUUAUUGGCGGUAAAGCUGCGCCUGGAUACCACAUGGCUAAAAUGAUUAUAAAAUUAAUUAAUUCAGUUGCAAGAAUAAUUGAUUUUGAUCCAAUUACAACGGGUAAACUUAAACUUAUAUUUUUACGAAACUAUCGGGUCAGUUUGGCUGAACGUAUUAUACCCGCAACAGAUUUAUCUGAACAAAUUCCAUGUGUUGGAACAGAAGCAUCAGGAACAGGGAAUAUGAAGUUUAUGUUGAACGGUGCAUUAACUAUUGGAACCAUGGAUGGAUCAAAUAUUGAAAUAUUUCAAGAAGUUGGUCACUCAAAUGCAUUUAUCUUUGGUCGUACUAUUGAAGAAGUCAAUUAUUUGCGGAAAACAGGAUAUAAUCCAAUGAGAUAUGUAUCUUCCAAUCCAGAACUUCGUUUGUGCUUAGAUCAAAUACGUGAUGGUUAUUACUGUCCAAAUGAACCUGAUUUAUUUAAAGAUCUAUAUAAUAAGCUAGUUACAGAAGAUAAAUUUAUGGUAUGCGCAGAUUAUGGUGAUUAUAUGCGUGCUCAGGCUGAAGUUGAAUCAGCAUACAAGGAUGAAGUAAAAUGGUCAAAAAUGGUUCUAAUGAAUAUAGCUGCAGCUGGAAAAUUUUCCUCUGAUCGUACAGUACGUGAAUAUGCACGUGAUAUUUGGAGAGUAGAUCCAGUUAUUGUAAAAGAAUCUAUAAAAUGUAAUUCAGAAAAUAAUAACAAUCUAAGAUUCUGUUCCAAUAAUUAAAGUAAGGAGGUAGAAUGAUAAAGAGAACAAUAGACGAGUACAAUUAUUACUUUCUUUUUUUCUUUCUAUACUAAUAUUUCUUAUAGUUUUAUUUGUAUAAUCAAUACCCUUUUUCUUUGUUUAUUUGUUUGUUUUUAUUUUUUUUAGGUUAAUUUGUUUUUAUUACAAAAAAAUGUUUGUUAUAAAAAAUUUGUUUGUUUUGUUAUGAUUUUUUUUAAUGAAAAACUUUUCUUUUUUUAAAGAAAAAAAAUAAUAAUAAAAAAUUCAUCCAGUUAGUGAUGUGCAAUUAUUUUUAGAAAGAUUAUUUCUAAAACUACAUUUCGUCUAUAUUUCAAACUCAACUCAUUUAUACAAUGAUUAUUGACUAAUAUUAUUUUGUUUAAACAAAACUCUGUUUUAAAAAGAAAUAUAUAUAGAGAAUGUUUCACUUGGUUAAUGAAAUCUCAGUGAUUGUUUUAUACAUUAUGGUUAUGUUAUCAAAUUUAGUUGUUAUCUGAGUUGACUAUGAUUGGAUUUGUUUCUUGUUUUGUUUUUGAUAUUAAGAGUUUUAUUGUUAUGGGGUAAAUUAAACUUCAUAGACUUUCUCUCUCAUAUGAGCUAAAUAGUAUAUUUAAAUUUUGAUAAACGUAAAUUGAUUGUUUUAUUUUGUUUUAAAUGAAUUUUUUUUUUGGAAACAGAUGAGUCGAAUGAAUGAUUAAAUGGUUGCCUUAGUGAUUUAGUUGUUUAAUUGUCAUUACAGAUUUUUUUUCUUUUUAUGCAUUGUGUAUUAUGAAUAUUUUUACUUAUAGAGGAAAAUAUAUCUGAUUAACUUUUUAAUUUGACUUCAUUUAUAAAUUUUAAUGUAUUUCAGAAGCGAAUCAUUAACUUAACUGAACUAACCGCAAAUCAUUUUAUCAAUUUAGAUCGACACUGCUUAUUGGCGUUUAAUGUAAAUUUUAUAUGAUUAUCAUUGUUUUUCAAAGUGUGUAUUGAAAAUGCCACAACAAUGAUUUUUAAUGAGAUAGAUAUACCGUAACUUCUUAGUUUUAUUCUAUCUUAGCUGUUAUUUUACCAACAGGUUACUUUCUAUUUAAUUGUCAAUGCUGUAUUCAUUUAAUUCAACAAAUUGUAUUUUUUUUAAAGAAAAAUUAGUUUGUAUAUAGUUAGGGAGAAGAUAAUAUGAUACAAUAAAUUCUGCAAAUUCUUGAAGUUUUAUUCUUGUUUCAUUGAAACAUUACGAUGUUUCAUGUAGUUUACCCAUCCUGUUGUACUUUCAAUAGAGCCAGACUAUUCAGAACAGAUAUCUGAUUGCGAAUUCUUUGUUACACAAUGUGAAAUAAAUAUUUCAAAGAUUAUUACUUAAGAUAUUAUGAUAUUCAAAAGAUAUUAUGUAAAGUGUAUGUUGCUUUGGUGUAUGAAUUCUGUUCAUAGUUUUAUGUAGUUACAUCAUUAAUUAAUAGAUGGAUUAUCGAGUGGUC